AUGCCCGUUAAAGUUGAUAUUACUCCUCCACCGCCAGCAAAUUCAAAACAACCUGGCGUUACUAAAUCUUUACUUUACAACGGCUCCAAAUUUCAAGGGCAUCAGAAAUCUAAGGGAAAUUCAUAUGAAGUAGAAGUUGUGUUGCAGCAUGUGGAUGAAGAAAAUUCAUACUUAUGUGGAUAUUUGAAAAUUAAAGGUUUAACUGAGGAGUUUCCGACACUUACGACAUUUUUCGAUGGUGAAAUUAUUUCGGCUAAAUAUCCUUUUUUAACAAGAAAAUGGGAUGCUGAUGAAGAUGUUGACAGAAAACAUUGGAGUAAGUUUGACCUGUUUGUACCAUAUUUAAAGACAUUCAACUCUGACUCAUUUGAUUAUGAUUCUCUUGCAAAGGCUGAUUACGUGUUUAUGAGAUGGAAGGAACAUUUUUUAGUGCCAGAUCACACAAUAAAAGAUAUAAAUGGUGCUUCAUUUGCUGGGUUCUAUUACAUAUGUUUUCAUAAAUCAGCCGCUACGAUUGAAGGAUAUUACUACCACAGGAGCUCUGAGUGGUUUCAAUCAUUGACUUUAAGUCAUGUUCCAGAACACAGUAUCCAAAUUUAUGAAUUUAGA